GGGAAAACCAGACUGACGACGCUGGGAAGCAGUCAGUUCAGUGGAUCGGGGAACAACUGCACCCAAGAGUCUUGGAUGGUAUAGAAGAACUCCAUGAAACAGAAUAAGCAAGUAUGGAAGAACGAACAGGUGCUGCAUCUUGGGGAGCAAGUGGUCAGUCCAGCCCUACUUACGAACCUACAAGGGAAAACGGCAGUCUCCUUGGGAAAACCUCGGAUCUCUCAACGGCCCUUGAAAAGCUGAAACAUGAGGAGGGUUUUACAGAGAGCUCUCAUUAUGGGGAUCACUUGAAUGAUAGUCGAUUAGGGCCCAGUGAAGGAUUGUCCCCAACACCUUUCACGAACUCAAAUCUGAUGGGAAAAACUGCAGAAAGAAGUCCAUUUCCGUUGUUUGGUCGAGAGCCAGGACUGUCAGGCUGCCAGCCCAGUCUGCGAAGCCCAAGCCAGAUGUCAUCCUCAGGAAAAGCUGGAACACCCUAUUAUCCAUUUUCUGCCGCAAAUCCAAGACGAAGACCUCUUCAUGAGUCAUCUUCUCUUGAUUCUCUGCAGACAAAGAAAGUAAGGAAGGUGCCCCCUGGUUUGCCUUCUUCUGUUUACGCGCCAUCUCCUAAUUCCGAUGACUUCAACAGAGAAUCGCCAAGUUACCCAUCUCCUAAGCCGCCCAGCAGUAUGUUUGCUAGCACUUUCUUUUUACAAGAUGGGACCCACAGCGCUUCGGAUCUUUGGAGCCCUUCUAACGGGAUGAGCCAGCCCGGCUAUGGCGGAAUGCUUGGAAGUUCCUCCUCUCACAUGUCGCAGUCGGGCAGUUACAGCAGCCUCCACGCGCAUGACCGCUUGAGCUAUCCCCCACAUUCAGUCUCGCCCACAGAUCUCAACACCAGUCUUCCUCCAAUGUCCAGCUUCCAUCGGGGCAGCGCCAGCAGUUCUUCGUAUGCGGCAGCCUCACACACUCCACCUGUCAAUGGAUCAGAGAGCAGCACCAUCCUGGUGAACAGAGGCAAUGCUGCAGGAGGCUCACAGACUGGGGAUGCCUUGGGAAAAGCUUUGGCAUCCAUUUAUUCACCCGACCAUACCAGCAGUAGUUUCCCAUCAAAUCCCUCGACACCGGUUGGAUCCCCAUCACCUCUCAGCGGUGCAAGCCAGUGGUCAAGGGCUGGAGGACAGGCCCCUUCGUCUCCAAGCUAUGAAAAUUCCCUGCACUCCUUGAAAAACCGAGUUGAGCAACAGCUUCACGAGCAUUUGCAAGAUGCUAUGUCCUUCUUAAAGGAUGUCUGUGAGCAGUCCCGGAUGGAGGACCGCUUGGACAGACUGGACGACGCGAUCCACGUGCUGCGGAACCACGCGGUGGGGCCUUCGACGAGCCUGGCCGGGGCCCACGGAGACAUACACAGUUUACUGGGACCAUCCCACAACGGGCCCGUGAGCGGCUUGAGCUCCAGUUUCGGCGCGUCCAGUCUCGUCACGACCAGCCGGCUGGGCGCCUCUCACCGGGAAGACAGCGUCAGCCUUGGAAGCAGCCACUCUGUCCUGCCCAGCACGGUUCCUGCUCAGAGUGCAGAACUCAACCAUAAAGCACCAGAAAGCUACAGAGCACUGUCGGCGGGGCUGCUGGGCCAGUCCGUCGCGUUGGGUCCAGCCGAGAUCAAGUCGGAGCACAAGGAGAAGGAUGAAAACGCACACGACCCUGCCUCCUCCGAUGACAUGAAGUCCGACGACGAGUCCUCCCAGAAAGACAUCAAGCUCUCCUCCAGAGGCCGGACGAGCAGCACCAACGAGGACGAGGAUCUGAACCCAGAGCAGAAGCUGGAGCGGGAACGGGAGCGGAGGAUGGCCAACAACGCCCGGGAGCGCCUGCGGGUCCGGGACAUCAACGAGGCGUUCAAGGAGCUGGGCCGGAUGUGCCAGCUCCACCUGAAGAGUGAGAAGCCCCAGACCAAGCUGCUGAUCCUCCACCAGGCCGUGGCCGUCAUCCUCAGCCUGGAGCAGCAAGUCAGAGAGAGGAACCUCAACCCCAAAGCAGCCUGCCUUAAAAGAAGGGAAGAGGAGAAGGUGUCUGCCGUAUCGGCAGAGCCGCCACCCACGCAUCCAGGAAGCCAUCCUGGGCUUAGUGAAACUACCAACCCUAUGGGUCAUCUCUGAACACCGGCCAGAAUUCUGGAACUGCGGGGAGGAAGCCUGAAAGGUGACCUUUCCUUCCUAAGGACACAGACUAAAAACCGCACUACACGGGAGACACACCUGACCGGAGAAGCAAGCCCUCCCCUGGCCGGCGGCACCUGCGUCCGAGGGGGCGGCGCCAGCCUCUCCUCCCCCUCCCCUCCGC